AACAAUACGCGAUCCAACUUUUGGCAUGUGCCUUUUGGUGGGAAUUUUGAUACAGGAAUUUUCAAUUAUCAAUAUUUUAACUGUUUAAAACAAAAAUGCAACGGGUUACACGCCUGAAAAAAGAGAUCGAGAUGUUUUCCCACUCUCCACCGUAUGGUAUUUCAUGCUGGGUUAAAGAAGACAUGGUUAAUCAACUUGAAGCUCAAAUUAUUGGUGGAGAUGGAACCCCAUAUGAAGGUGGAAUUUUCAAGCUUGAUAUUCAAGUUCCAGAAAGGUACCCUUUUGAACCACCGAAGUUGCGCUUUGUGACGCCCAUCUAUCAUCCAAACAUAGACACCGCAGGACGGAUUUGUCUCGACACUCUUAAAAUGCCACCAAAGGGAGCGUGGAAGCCGUGUCUAAAUAUAAGUACUGUGCUGACAUCGAUUCAGCUGUUAAUGGCCGAACCAAACCCUGAAGACCCACUGAUGACAGACAUUUCUAAUGAAUUCAAGUACAACAAGCCAUUGUAUGUUGAGACAGCCAAACAAUGGACUACCAAGUAUGCCAAAGACCACAGUAAGAUGAUUUCAGGUAAAAGUAUUGUCAAGGAUGUGGAGAAUGCUUCAACGAGUAACAAACAGAAAUUGUCAUCAAGUGACUCGGAUCCGACUGGUCCUAACAAGCGACAAAUGCCGAUGGCAGAUGUCACAAAUAAAAGACCAAAAGUUACGUGAAUGUGUUGGACGGUUCUGAAUUAGGAUGGUUGAAUAAUGUCACAGAUGUUAUGCAGUGUGAUAUAUUUAUUAGAUAGCUGAGCUAUAAUGUUAGACCAGCCAUUUUAGAUCUGCAAGUGUUGGGUACUAAUUCUGUCGAAGAUGAAAUGUUUCAUGAUUUGUUGGAUCACUUAAUGGUGCUUAAAGUGUGUUUUUGUAUGUUUAAUAAAUCCUUAAACGGUG